AUGGAUCGACGCGCGUUCGCACCUGUGGACACAGUGGCUCACAUUUGGACGUCGCUGGGGCUACCUGAGCAUGCACUGAAGUCUAUACAUCUCCCGGUCGACGCUGAAUGCCUACCAUCGUCAUUCAAAGUCAGCCAUCUGGCUCAGGCUUCAAUCGGGUUGUCAGCACUCUCGGCUGCACUUGUCUGGUCGCUUCGUCAUCACCAGCAAGUGCCUGAAGUCACUGUACCGGCUCGCCAUGCUUGCGCUGAGUUCAAGUCUGAACGCUUGUACAUACUCAAUGGCAAAGCUGCGCCAUCAAAUAUUGGCACGAUUGGCGGUUUGCACAAGACCAGAGACGGAUACAUCAGAAUGCACGAUGGCUUUCCGAACCAUCGUGAGAAUGCACUCAAAAUCUUAAGCCUGGGGCAUGAUGCGACAAGAGAGGAUGUCUCUCGAAAGAUGCUAGAGUGGAACUCGCUUGAUCUCGAAAUCAAAGCCAUCGAAGAGGGCGCUGUGGUGGCGAGACUUCGAUCUUUCGAGGAAUGGGAUGCACUUCCACAUUCAAAUGCGGUUGCUGACUUUCCGAUUCUGUUGACGAAGAUCUCGGAAGGGACAGUGUAUCCGGCGAAGAGUAUUGAGCCAGUGCAGGAUACUAAAUGCCUGCGAGGUCUUCGUGUGGUCGAAAUGUCACGCGUCAUAGCGGCACCGGUCGCGGGGAAGACCCUAGCAGUUCACGGAGCCGAUGUCUUGUGGAUAACAUCUCCCACGUUGCCUGACCUUCCAGACGUCGAUGUUGAUGUCUCGAGAGGUAAGCGUACCGUACGGCUCGACAUCAAGACAGCAGUCGACAAAGCAAAGCUCCUGGAGCUUCUCUCUACAGCCGAUGUGUUCAUCCAAAGCUAUCGGCCAGGUAGUCUAGCCGCGCAUGGAUUUUCGAAUCAAGAACUGCUCGCGCUAAAUCCGAAACUUGUCAUCGCAAGUCUUAACGCCUACGGUCCAGAUGGGCCCUGGUCGCACCGGCGCGGCUUUGAUUCUCUUGUACAAACAUGUUCUGGCAUUAAUGUCGCUGAUGCUGAGCGGUACGCUGCUGGUGAAGCAGCCAGAGUACUACCAUGCCAAGCCCUUGAUCAUGGCUCCGGCUACUUGUUAGCUACAGGCAUCAUGGCAGCUUUAUACAAACGGGCAACGGAGGGUGGCUCGUACGAGGUCAAGGUAUCUCUCGCAGGUGUCAUGCGGUAUUUGCGAUCGUUGGGCCAAUACGAAGGCCAGAGUGGAUUUGACCGCAAGGACUUCAAACAGCCUAAAGAUAUUAUCGAGUACCUGGAUUCAAGGCAAACGGGCCUCGGUGUGCUGAAAGCUGUGAAACAUGCUGCCUUUAUAGACGGAUUGAAAGUUGGGUGGGAACAUAUGCCGAAGCCACUGGGUAGCGAUGAGGCAGUGUGGCUGUAG